CUCUCUCUCUCUCUCUCUCUCUACAGAAACUGAACAACCGUCUGCUCCAGAGCACCUCAUUAAUUGACUCGGUAUCUCCUGUUAUCCUGAUAUUAUUUUGCUUCUUCUUAGGGUCUUUUAUUUUUUCCGAUGACUACUUUUGACUUCUCUGAUGUGGAAGCGUUUUUGGACUGCCACCCGGACCUCUUUGAGGAGUAUGUCGUGCGUAAAGGAAAAUGCGAUACGGUGAGCAGGUGGUUGAAGGACCAACAGCCGUCCAAAGUCUCCCUCGCGGAGGAAAAGCGUGGCGGAGUGCCCAGGGACCCGCUCUGGCCGACCAACCCUGACGGUCUCCGGCGCCGAUCCUCCCACAUGGAGCUCCGAAGGAACUUUGCCCGGUCCAAAGCCACCACCGCGCACAGAACCUACGACGAGCACGCCAGUCACAGGGAACACGAUGAUUCCCAGUCCAGCAUGAGACGCCGCGCUUUACUGCGCAAAGCUAGUUCUUUGCCGCCAACCACCGGGCACAUUCUGAGCGCCCUUCUCGAAUCCAGGGUCAAUGUGCCCCAGUAUGCUUCCAGUGCCAUCGACUACAAGUACAGACUGAAGGAGACCAACGAGAGGGAGUUCUUCCUUGAGUUGGUGAAAGAUGUCUCCAAUGACCUGGACAUGACCAACCUGAGUUAUAAGAUCCUGAUCAAUGUGUGUAUCCUGGUGGAUGCGGAUAGGUGCUCGCUGUUCCUAGUUGAGGGACCAUCUCACAAGAGAACGCUCGUGUCUAAGUUAUUCGAUGUGCACCUGGGCACCACGGUGCAACCCUCUUCCAGCACUCUGAACUCUAACGAGGUGCAGGUGCCGUGGGGAAAGGGCAUUAUUGGAUACGUGGCAGAGCAUGGGGAGACUGUAAACAUACCCAACGCAUAUGAGGACCAUCGGUUCAGUGACGAGAUAGACAAGCUGACCGGAUAUAAGACCCAGUCCAUCCUGUGUAUGACCAUCUGUAACAGUGAUGGAGAGGUCAUCGGGGUUGUGCAGGCCAUCAACAAGAACCCAAUCGGAACACCUUUUACGGAGGACGACGAGAAGGUGCUGCAGAUGUAUCUACCGUUCUGCGGAAUAUCCAUCUCCAAUGCCAAGUUGUUUUCAGAGUCUCGGAAGGAGUACGAGAGGAGCAGGGCUCUGCUAGAGGUGGUGAAUGACCUGUUUGAGGAACAGACAGACCUGGAGAAGAUAGUGAGGAAGAUCAUGCAGAGAGCUGUGACCCUGCUGCAGUGUGAACGCUGCUCUGUGUUGCUGCUGGAGGAUAUACACUCACCUGUGGUAAAGUUCUCAAAGACCUUUGAGCUCAUGUCUCCCCUGUGCAACAUGGACCGUGACAUCAGCAUGGAGAAGCUGUCCUGCUCUGAUUGGCUGAUCAAUAACAGCAUUGCUGAGCUGGUGGCGUCCACAGGACUGCCUGUCAACAUCAGCGACGUCUGUCAGGACCCCCGCUUUGAUGCUGAGGCAGAUCAAGCCUCAGGAUUCCACAUCAGAUCAGUACUGUGCGUCCCCAUCUGGAAUCGGACUCAUCAGAUAAUAGGGGUUGCCCAGAUUCUAAAUCGCCUGGACAGGAGGACGUUCAAUGAUGCAGAUCAAAGACUGUUUGAGGCCUUUGUGAUAUUCUGUGGGCUGGGGAUCAACAACACCAUGAUGUACAAUCAAGUGAAGAAGACCUGGGCCAAGCAGUCUGUGGCCCUGGAUAUGCUGUCCUACCACGCCACAUGCUCCAAGGUAGAGGUGGACAGACUCAAGGCUGCUAAGAUCCCUUUGAGCAGUGAGCUGGGCAUCGAAGAGUUCCACUUCAACGAUUUCUCAUUGGACAACGACGCCAUGAUCACUGCCUCCCUCCGGAUGUUUCUGGAACUCGGAGCCGUCCAGAAGUUUAAGAUUGACUACGACGUCCUGUGCCGCUGGCUGUUGACGGUGAGGAAGAACUAUCGCACGGUGGCAUACCAUAACUGGAGGCAUGCCUUCAACGUGUGCCAGUGCAUGUUCCUCAUGAUCACAACGGCUGGUUUCCAGGAUGUUCUGUCGGAUGCAGAGACCCUGGCGUUGAUGGUGGGUUGUCUCUGCCAUGACUUAGACCACCGUGGCACCAACAACGCCUUCCAGGCCAAGACUGGCUCUGCUCUGGCCCUGCUCUACGGGACAUCAGCUACUCUGGAGCACCAUCACUUCAACCAUGCAGUCAUGAUCCUACAGAGUGAGGGUCAUAAUAUCUUUGCCAACCUGUGUUCCAAAGAGUACAGUAGUAUGAUGCAGCUACUGAAACAGGCCAUCCUCUCCACUGACCUCACCCUGCACUUCCAGAGGAGGAGCCAGUUCUUUGACCGUGUUCUCUCUGGAGAGUUCAGCUGGACAGACGAGACUCACAGAGAACUUCUCAGGUCUAUGCUAAUGACAGCAUGUGACUUGGGUGCAGUGACCCGCCCCUGGGAGAUCUCCAAACAGGUUGCGGAGUUGGUGACCAGUGAGUUUUUCGAGCAAGGUGACAGGGAGAGGUCAGAGCUCAAGUUAACUCCAGCGGCCAUCUUUGACCGUAAUCGUAAAGACGAGCUGCCCGCCCUGCAGCUGGAGUGGAUAGAUGGGAUCUGUAAGCCCCUCUACCAGGCUCUGAUGAAGCUUAACGUGAAGCUAAAGCCUAUGGUUGAUGGGAUAGCAGCCAACCGCAUGAAGUGGAAGGAGCUGGGCUCGUCCUAUCAGCAGCACACACACAGAACUGCAGAGACCAAUCAGAGUCCUGGCUCUGAGUCAGGACCCAACCCAGAGACCAAUCAAAAUCCUGACUCCAGUCAGAACUCGCAACUAGAGUUUGGGUCAAAUUCAGUACUUGAUCAGACAUCAGUUCUCACUACAGAGUCUAGUGGUCAUCCAGAGUUUGGGUCAAAUUCAGUACUUGAUCAGACUUCAGUUCUCACUACAGAGUCUAGUGGUCAUCUGGGGUCAGAUGGAAGUAUAGGGUCUGGUCAGCUGUCUCAGGGGCAGGAGGCUGAGGUUUGAAGAGAGAGGGAAUCGGAGAG